AAAGUGAUAAAUUCGAUAUAUAUAUUUAUUAUUUUCAGUUUUUGUUGUCCCAUUUUUCCUUAGAGGAGAAAAUAGGGGAAAAAGAAAAGAAAAUCCAUCCUCAUUGAGAUUGAGAGCCGUUUGGUGGCCUCCUCGGAAACCCUAAUUCUUCUCCUCUUCUCCCCUCUCGAUGCCGCCACCGCCGCCGAUGAUGCCCACCGGCGGCUACCCCGGCCACCGCGGCUGCGGCGGCGACCGCUGCGGCUCCGGGCGCGACGCCUGGCCCCUCCACAACGUCCGGCACCAGGGCGUCUUCUGCCGCCUCUGCUCCUCCUGCGUCCUCCUCUACCACCCCGCCGCCUUCUGCUCCGCCUGCCUCCUCCUCCUCCCUCCCGCCGCCGCCCCCGUCGCCGCCCCGCCCGGCCCCGUCUCCGCCUGCUCCUCCUGCGGCCUCUUCGUCGCCCACCACUCCUGCGUCCCGGACCCCGUCUCCUUCGUCUGCCCCACCUGCGCCGACGCCGCCGUGGGCAGGGUCUACUCCUACACCCCCGCCGCCGCCGCCGGCCGCCGCCGCACGAUGGACGAGCGCGCCGCGCGCGUCCUCCUCGUGGCGGCGCGCCUGGCGCACGAGUCCAUCUCGCGCGCCGCGGCGGCGGCGCGCGAGGAGGCGGACCGCGCCGCCCGGGAGGCGGCCGUGGCGCGGAAGCACGCGCGCGAGCUGCUCGACGCCGCGUGCCGCGCGGCGGAGCCGGAGGCCUUGGAAGCCAAGAAGAAGGCCGAGGCCCCCGUUGCGCCCGCGGCCGCGCCGCCACCGCCGCCGCCGCAGCCCAAGAAGAAGGCACCCCCGAAGAGCAGCGAGGCGAGCAGAGACAGGGACAACAAGCCGCUCAAGCUCACCGCCACGCAGCAGCCGGCGCUGGCGUUCGCCGCGGCCGCCGCUGCCGCAGCCAGCUCGAUGCCAUUGUCAAUGCCGUCACCCAUGGAGGUGGACGAGAAGCCGGUGAUAGAGGAGUUGCAAGUCUUGCAGGUUCAGGAGACGGGUCGUUGAUAUAUGAUCGUGGCUCGCUGUUCGGGACCUUGCAACGGUGAGAUUUGGGCGCCGAAUCCUGCUUCUUCUUCCAUGGCAUUAUGCAUCGCUGUAGCGCAUUCGAUCCUAGAAGAGAAGGGCACUCAAGUUCAGUGGUACAAGGAUUGCAAUGUGAUUGAAUCCCCAUUUUUGAGUGUUCUUGCUGUAAAUUCUAGUCUUGACUUGGUACAUGAUCCUUCCAUCAACUGUAGCUCGCCUGCAUCUUAUAUACCCUGUUUGUUAUUUGUAGUACAGCGAAAUGUGUUGCUGGUGGAUGAAUCGCAUAUGGUUUUGGUUUUUUCUUAAAUGAAAUGAACUAGAUUCAGAAUUCAUGAAUACAUAAUUUCUUUGCUGGUUGUGGGA